AGUGUCUAAGUAACUGCUGAAAUAUCUGGAGAUUAUGGCUUCCACCGGAACUUUCCGCAUGGUCUCAGAGAAUGAGCAGACCCUGCGCUCCAAGCUCGAGCAUCUGACAGUGAAGGAUCACGGGCCAGUGUUCGGGCCAUGUCAGAAACUACCGGAUCACACAGUACAGAAGGCAAAGGAUGAGCUGAAUGAGACAGUGGAGAAGAGAGUGUCUGCAGUAAAGGAGCUGAGAUCCCUGAUCUAUGAGAAGGCUGAAAAUAGGGACGACUUGUCUAUGGGCGUGAAGGAGAAAUUCGGGAACAAACCAGAUUCUCUGCUCCUGAGGUUUAUCCGUGCACGCAAGUUUGACGUGGCCAGGACAUAUGAGCUCAUGAAGGGCUAUGUACGUUUCCGACGUGACUACCCUGAACUGUUUGAGAACUUGACCCCUGAAGCAGUGCGCAGUACCAUUGAGGCUGGCUAUCCACAAAUACUCAGCACACGUGAUAAGGAUGGCCGUGUGGUGCUCCUUUUCAACAUAGAGAACUGGGAUUUGGAAGAGGUCACCUUUGAUGAAACUCUGCGUGCAUACUGUGUCAUUCUGGAGAAACUUCUGGAAAAUGAGGAGACUCAGAUCAAUGGCUUUGUACUCAUUGAAAACUUUAAGGGCUUUACUAUGCAGCAUGCAGCCGGCAUCAAACACACAGAGCUGAAGAAGAUGGUGGACAUGCUGCAGGACUCAUUUCCUGCACGCUUCAAGGCUGUGCAUGUGAUCCACCAGCCUUGGUACUUCACAACCACUUAUAACGUGGCCAAAUCCUUCAUGAAGGGCAAACUGCUGGAGCGGGUUUUUGUUCAUGGUGACGAGCUGGAUGCUUAUUUUAGAGAUUUCAGUGCCGAAAUCCUCCCUCCAGACUUCAAUGGGAAUGGGCCCAACUGUGAUGGCAAAGAAACAGCAGUCAAGCUGUUUGGCUCUGAAGAUACAGCUCUUUAAAUGACUUAAGUCAAUACACACACACAUG